AUGGCCGCCGUGCCGUGUUGUGGCUUUUUAUCACGAAAUCAUGAUGACUACGAUGCAUUGCAGGCUUCUUGCAUUAGGGCGGAUGUAGGCAAUGAUGGGCUGCUGCGAAACACAACGAUGCGAUGGAGCACAUUGACGACACGCACCACGCAUGGCGGUAUUUCGGCUGCUAGUAUCGGGAAUCUAAAGGAGGUUGGGUCAUGCGUCCAAGUAUUACUUGUAUACUUGACUGACGGACUGGCUGGCUCGUCCAAAUACGUCCUAGGCACUUUACAGGCGGCGUACAGGCAUACGCCCCCUCCAUUUUUCCCAUCCUCUGGACGAUUCCUAUGGUCUCAAGCUUCUUGUACAGCUACAAGGCAUCCAGCAGCAACGCUUACAACUCAGACGAGGCUGCCCCUCCCACGUCGCCCCCCCAUAACGCUCCGCUUCCAUUGGGCUACUGCAGGUCCUGGUGGAGCUCUCGGCGGAGGAUUCAUGCAGCUAGAUGAUGCACGUCGGGAAACAGGUCUGGUACUGAUACAAGACCAAAUGGGCGAGGGGCAGUCAGAGCAUUCAGCUCAGUCAUCAAAACAACAGAUCUCAAGAUUUAAAUCAUCGAGCAAAUACAAGCUCAAAAACGAGAUACAAAUCAAGACUUUCUUUCCUACAUUUCUUCAGAUGAUUGGCCAAAGUAUUCCCUACUGCGUCCCCAAACGGAAUCGUUUCGCUCGCGAGAGAAAAAUCUCAGAGUCAUUGUUUACCCAUCAUCUUUGUCACUACGAAUUGCUGAUCCAACUCAACUUUUGGCGCAGAAGUGACGCCAUCUACAGACUCGAGCUCCAUCUCGGAACUGUGCUCAGCCAGCCAUACCGCAAUUAAAAAAUGCCUUUCAGCCUGAUUUGUGAUGAUAGCUUACUUGACUCAGAGGAGCAUAUAACUCAAAAAAAAAAUUCCAUUCAUUUUCUAUAGACAGCUUGCCAAAUCUCGUAAUUCCAACAAAGACGUAACACCACUCAAUUUAGCCAGCUCGCAUACAGCAUUUUUCAGGCCUGUGAUCGCGGUCACGGUCAUAUAGGAUAAGAACCGCAAGAAAAAUGAG